GUCCUUUCAAGGUACUUGACCCCUUGUCUGUCUCAGUUAGACACUGGUACGGCACAAUCGGUUGGCUCCUCUCCUCCAGCCAAGCCGUUAAAGCGGGCCCCUAGGUAGAUUCUGCGGGACAAGUUCCAAUCCUUCUUCAAUACCUACCUAGGUAGGUAGCAGUGAGACCUCAACAGCAUAUCUGAAUGAAAAGAUUAGGUGGAGAGCUUGAAUCACCAAGUAUCGCCGCGUCACAGCGGCUCGACGAUGGCAAUUCUAUUUUCCCUUAUCGACUGAGACAUGUCUUUUAUGGCGGUUACUUUGGACGAUCAGUUUGCGGCGUGUCCAACUCAACUACGGGGUUCCUUCCGCUCCACGUCAGUCCCUUUUUCCCUUUCUUCUUUCGCGAUCCCUACGGCGAAAGGGCGAAGGGACGACGAGGCGAUACCUUCAGAGAGGGGGAAAAAUGCAUGGAAAACGACUUGAUGCCCUUCUCAGCCUCCCUAGUAAUGGCACAUCGGCUUAAUAUUCGCUGUCUAGAAUCGACCAUGUCAGGAGCAGUUCAACACCCGAGGAAUCCUGGCUUAAACCUAGCCAGGGAAUGGCAAAGGGCAGUGUCCUACUCAGAUGUAUGGACCUUGAAUAGCGGUCGCAUGUUCGACGAUGGCAACGAAUUCACACGGCCUGGACAGCACAGUGCUUCAUGGUCCAUCACGUCUGAUGCUCGAUGAAGAUAUCGGCAUCGCGGGGAAGACUGCACAAGACGAACAAACAAG